ACAGCGCGGCGUGUGUCUGGUGUGGAUGAUCGUUUCGCAGCGCUAGACCACGAUCUCAGUCUCGCUGUGUCUUGCGUCGGUAACGAUCGUGUUUCGUGUUUGCUUCCUGCGGAGCACUUGAGUUGUCCGUGCUCAAGUGGUAAAGCAACGUACGUUUGUUCCCUCGGAGGUCAUGCUGCGCAAACUCGGGCUAGAAAUUCACAACCUACGUCGCAAUCAAGCGUUGAGCAAUUCGACAACCACCACAAGAAACAGAAAAGGAUUUCGUGUAACGCUUCUGUAGAACAAAGAACAACAUCGAGGCGCAUUCUAUCGAAACGCCUUACAAAACGGUUAGCAAGAUCAUGCGGUUAUCCUUAAACAGGUUUUCCACACCUUCCACAGUGGAAGGGUAGAAGCAGCACGGCUCAUCAGCGGUGGUGGUAGUGGUGGUGAUUCCUCCUUUCGGAUCAAUACCCAAGGAAUCAUCGGUGCGGUGUUCGGUGUAAAGUCUAGCGUGGCCCGUCGUCGAUCACAUUGUGAGCGGUUGGUCUAUGUGUACCGGUGUGUGUUUUUGUUCUUUCAAGAUUCAACACCACCACUACCAGCAUUGAAUGUGUGUGUGUGUGUAGGUCGAUCCUAACUGUCCGCGGAAGGCAACCGUAAACGUGCAGUGCUUAAGAUUCCGUUUCAUUCAACUUGCUGUGCGUGAUCAACGGUGCUUCUUCUUGGUGGCUGAGCGUUAAGGUGAUCGCAAGUGUUUGCGUUUAAAAAUAGAAGUGACGGAAAAAGUGCCAAUCAUUCAUAUGGAGUAAACGAAGAAACAUAAAUCCUAUGAAUGGAAAUUCCUGCUAAAAGAAUUAGUUAACCCCGCCAACAGUGAUAUUGAAAGAGAUUGUGAUUAGAUACUAAAAAUCGUCAAGGAGUAACACUUCAUCUAGCAAAGCCAACAAACCAACGCAGCGCAGUAGUGUGUCGGUGCUUCUUUUGCAUGUUUAAUGUGUUAUAAUAAAUACCACUGUGAUGAGGCAUGCAUCCGUAUGGAUGUGUAUCCUGCUGACAUUCUACAACCUGCAAGCGACAUCACUGGCGGCCAUCGUACCACCGCCAUGGAGCGAUCCGAACAAAAACCCGUGCGCGGCGCAACCGGGCGGCUGGCAGCUGCUGUACUGGCCACCGCUCAAACGAUGCUUUAAAAUAUUCCAGCUCGGUUAUCCGUGUCCCGACACGAUGGAGCUCAGCCCGGUUGGGGCCGGUUCGACGGGGCUCGGUUCGACGGCCGAAUGCCGAUGUCCGCCGGGAACUGCCCAGUCACCGCUAACCAAGAAAUGCCACAAACUCUUCGAGCGGGGUCCGUGCGAGUUUGGCCAGUACUUUGCACCGAUCGCCGACCCGGCCGGAAGGAGUGCCAUACCAAAACAACGCUGGGGUGUCUGCAAAUCGACGGAGAUCUGUGACAGCGGUAUGAUCUACUGGCCACAGGACAACAAAUGCUACCAGAUACACACCAAAGGCCCUUGCCCCAAGGGAAAGCUCAUCAGUUUAGAUAACAACGGGAUCGCACGGUGCAAGUGCGAAAACGAGGGCGACCUUAGCAACUACUUUCACGAGGACACCGAAACUUGCCAUGAGUUCUUCACCAAAGGACCCUGCCUCGGUACGGGCGAACUGUUUCUUCCCUCGCGAAAGUGUGCCUGCCACGAGCGGCUACCGCACUACCACAACGAAACAAACCAGUGCUACGAGCUUGAUACCAUUGGACCCUGCCCGUUUGGGCAUACGUUCAUCGUGGCGGACAGCAAACGCCAAACGGAUGGAGCUAGCGGCGGCAUGAAAGCGGAAUGUCGCUGCAAGGAUGGAUACGUCCAGUGGAAGGAUGGCUACUGCUACAAGCUCUACACGCAAGGACCGUGCGAGUUCGGUUCGUUCGUCACGGACACCAACGUUUGCUCGAUCAAUCCGUGCGAAAAGGGACGGCUGUACUUCCCGCAGGAGAAAACAUGCUACCGAAUCGGUUCCCAGGGACCGUGCAGCUUGCAUCAGGUGGUCAUAUUUGACUUUACCUCACGCCCAUCGCUGGACGGCAUCUCGUACAACGGUAUGUGCGGGUGCUCGGGUGUGAUCUCCAAUCUCGACCAGUCCUGCACGGAUGAAGCGGACCAGGUGCCGCAAAGUGCGUGUGACAGUACGCCCGACAUGGUUGAGGUUAACCGGCAGUGCUACAAACUGUACACCCGCGGGCCAUGCGGACCGGGCCAGUGGCUGGAACCGAAGAAGAUACCGACCCGCAUACGGUCGGCGGCUUGUGUGUGCCGGCCGGGCUACACACCGUACGACCAACCGCUCGCCAACGGAGUGAUUGGCUGUCAGGCGCCCAGUGUUGGGAUUGCGAGAUGGUUCAUGAGCUUGCUAGGCUUUGGAACAUCCGACCCGGACGAAUACUGAACAUCAACCAGGAGACGGUACACGCAAACGCAACGAGCAGGCAGUCUCUCUAUGUACGGCUUUUCCCAUCUUCAGUCAUACAUACAGCACCAAGUCACGAACAGAACGCACGCAUAUGCACCAACUUAAGCCUUACAUAGUUAUACCAAAUGCACAUUUCCCACGACUCACUCGCCUUACAACACGUGCUUCACCACCAUCUUUGAAUUUCAUCGCUUAAGAUCGCUUCGAAUUUGAUCCAAACCAGUGUGCCAUAGGACAACAAGAUGGACAAAUCGAUUACCUUGGAUCGUCUCUGUGUAAAUCAAACAGAACAUUGCGCAAUAAAUCAAAGGUAAAAAUUGCAAAAUUACUCUCAUUUCAUCAGUUUGUUGAGCAAGGCUAAAAUUUCUUUUUCUUGAAACUACAAUACAUCCCCACACCUAUUAAAGAAGGAAACAAUGCGUAGAAUAAGAGUAAUCGUUUCUUAAUUAGACUGAAUAGUACGUAAGAAAGUGUGUAGAAAGACAUAUGGUACUUCAAAUAAAGAAUUAAAUAAAA